AUGAGUGUCAUAUCAGUUAAUAACGUGACAUUUAGAUAUAAAACAAAUCGUGUCCUGGCCAAUAUUUAUGCCCGCAUUCCCGAGAACAAGAUAUAUGGCCUCUUAGGUCCCAGCGGUGCCGGGAAGACCACACUAUUAAAGUUAAUACUGGGCAGGGUCAAAAUGCAAAGUGGCUCUAUCACUGUACUGGGAGCGCAGUGCGGCCAUAAUAACCGCCUCAUCGGUUAUAUGCCUCAAGACUGUGCUCUAUGUCUACAAUUGACUGUCAAACAAACUCUUCUAUAUUUUGCAAAUUUAUAUCACAUUUCAAAGAAUAAAUUUAAAGAGAGGAUUAGAGAAUUAAACGCAAGAUUAGGUCUUCCCGACACCAGUCAAUCUGUGGGCCAACUUUCAGGCGGUCAACAAAGACAGCUAUCCCUGGCGUUAGCACUUCUACAUCAGCCACGACUACUGAUUCUGGAUGAGCCCACAGUGGGAACGGACCCCGAGUUGGGCGACAAGAUUUGGCGUUAUCUGCACUUAUGUUGCGUUCAGGAAGGCAUGAGUGUCCUAUUGGUGACCCAUUACACAGAAGAGGCUCACUUCGCACAUAACGUCGGUUUCAUGAGAGACGGCCGACUCAUCGAGGAAGGGGUCCCUAAAUUGCUGUUAGAAAAGUUUCAGGAAAACAAUUUGGAGAAUGCCUACUAUGAGUUGGAUAAGAAAAGUGCAAAUAAUGAGAGCUCUAAAAAGGUGUCGGAUGUGAAUAUUUUAGGCAAAUUCUCGCUGCUAUGGCCAGAAGUGUAUGAAUCAAAACUAUUGGCAAUCGAUGCGGUGCUGAGGGGGCGCACAACCGGUGCUAUCAUUAUUGGCAAGAAUUUUAGUCAGGCUAUGGAGGACCGGGUGAUCGACGUGGACAACAUAGACAAUGAGACUAUAGAGGACAGUCAGCUCCGUAUUUAUAUCGAUAACUCCAACUAUAUUUACGCACAAUUCCUGAUCGACUCACUCACGCAAACCGUUUGGGGUCUCAUAUCUGACAUAUUGGCCGAUAAUGGAAAGCCUCGUAUCCCUCCCCCAAUCAAGAUUGUAGACACCAUAUACGCGCCCGACUCUAAACUCUCGGACUUCCUAUUACCCGGAUAUAUGAUAGCAUUCAUAUACUUAUCUCAAGUAACCCUCUCGUCAAUCGUGUUAAUACACGAGCGACAGGACGGCCUGUUUGAUAGGGCCAUAGUUGCCGGCGCCGGACAUCAACUCAUAUUUUUCUCACAUUUCAUCACUGGUUGUCUCAUGUCUUUCGUCAACGUUAUACUAAUGCUAUUAAUUGCGUUCAUUUGUCUAUCGCAACUGUUCACGAGUGGCGCUAUAUUUCCCAACGAAUCGAUUGAACCGGAAAUCCGCAAAUUCUUGUACUACAGUCCCAUAGCUAUGCCCACAGAAUCAUUGCGUAAUGUAAUGCUGAGGGGAUGGACGUUCACCAAUGCCUCA